GUCACUGGAAUGUGGGCGUGGUUCAAUGGAACUUGGUUCGAAAUUACGUACACGCGUUCUAAAACUUCGAAGCUUCCGACGUCACAUGGCAAUUGCUGUCCAUAAGAGCUUUGAAACAGUACGUCUGAACUUCACGAGGGCGGUACUAGCUUCGAUGUCUCGGAAUCAUCCCAUUCCUAGUGGAAGAACGAUGUCUCGGAAACGUCCCGUCGGUAGUGCCAAGCGCACUCGCACUGCGCGGAGCUUUGAGCAACCAAAGAAAACUAAAGUGGUCCUCCUGGCAUGUGGCUCCUUCAAUCCAAUAACGAACAUGCAUUUGCGCAUGUUCGAACUGGCACGAGAUCACCUGGAGGACACAGGACAGUAUGAAGUAGUCCAGGGGAUCCUAUCACCAGUGGGGGAUGGCUAUGAGAAGAAGGGCCUGAUCGAGGCCAGCCAUCGAGGAGAAAUGGCCAAGCUGGCAGCAGAGAGCUCCAGCUGGAUCGGGGUGGACACCUGGGAGAGCAGGCAGGCCAACUGGCUAGAGACGGUGAAAGUGCUACGGCAUCACCGGCAGGAACUGCUCUCCCGGGAACCGGACACUGAUGUGGUGGGCACUGCGAAGGCUGGAAGGAAAAGAAAGCGCAUGGAUGCCAGCAGUGCCACCAAGAGGAGGAAGCUCGAGGAGGGGCCACCUCAAAGAUCAGAUGAGCUGUGGUUGAUUCUCCUGUGUGGCGCUGACGUGCUGGACUCCUUCGGGGUGCCUGGGCUGUGGAAGCCCGAGGACAUCGAGGAGAUCGUCAGCAGCUACGGGCUGGUGUGCAUCACCCGCGGUGGUUCUGAUCCGGAGGCCUUCAUCCAGGGCUCCGACCUACUCUGGCCACACCGACACAACAUCCACGUGGUGCGGGAAUGGGUGGCCAACGACGUGUCGGCUACACACAUCCGCCGCGCGCUGCGACGUGGCCACAGUGUCCGGUACCUGCUGCCUGACCCGGUGCUGAGCUACAUCCAGGAGCGGCGCCUCUACACCACUGAGAGUGAGCAGAGGAACCCAGGUGUUGUGUUGGCUCCUUUGCAGAAACACGCAGGGAGGCAUGAAUAAGCACAACCCCCCCCACUGCCACUCUGCCCUCCUGUAGCUUCCCAUUUGUUGGGGAUCCCCAUAUUGCUCUUAAUAAAGACUGUUGUACAAUCCUAAA